AUUUGGAAAGGGUGUUAAUCAGCUAUUGCAUCUAGGCAUUUUCACAAUACGACGAGCAGUGUGCGCUUCACAACCGUCUUGUAAGAUGUCCAUGAUUUUGCUAACGAUUUUCUCUUGUUUGGAUUUCAUUACGGGCUUGAUCAGCAUCAUUGUUCAGGCAGUGAUUAUAGCCAAUCACGAUGAUUGUGCUUACUCUAAGAUGGGGGUUGGCCUUUGGAAUGGUUUACUACUAAUCAUAACAGCCAUCUCUCUUCUUGUGAUCGCCAGCCGUAAAAAGGCCAAAAAGAGUGAUUGGAUGCUCGUUAUUUGUGCUAUGACUCUGAUGGCUUCACUCGUGCAAGUCGGAGUGGCUUCAGGAGUCAUCUAUCAACUGCACAGUUUGCAGUACUUCCACCACGGACCUGGAGCCAACCCAUUAAAUGGCAUCCUGGACACAUUCAAACCGGAUAACAUACCCGCUCAGAAGGACACGUUGGGUGAUUUCACCGACACCGUGUUUGGAAUCGCCAACAAAUUAGCGGGGGACGUCAUCUCAAAUACAGGCAAAUACGGCCAAGUGCACGCGUGCUACAAACUGCUCUUAAAUGAUGAUUACUUUGGUUCUCAACGGAAAACCCUAGAGAUAAUACUGCUAUGCAGUGGUCUUAUCGCCAUCGGAGUUAAAAUAGCGACAUUUCUAGCGUUGCGGGCCAAACGCUUGGCCGUAUCUGCUACGAUCCAGUACACGCAACAAAAUGUGUCGCAUUAAAAACAAAAGAAAAAA